UAGAUCUUGGUAAAACUUUGUAGAAGUGAGAAAUCGCAUGAUGGGCCGCUACAGAUCUGACGACAGCGAUGAAGACCACUCUAGAAAGUCAAGGAAGAAGAAAAAGAAGAGAACUAAGUCUAGUGACGACAGUGACACCAGCCAUAACUCCAGCAACAGAAACAAAAAGUCAAAGAAGAGACAUAGAAGUCGCAGCCCUGACAGAAAGCGGACAACUGAAUCCAGGUCCUCCAGAAGAUCGAGGUCAAGGUCAAACAGCCUGGAUAAAUACAUCAGCAAAAGAGGUCGUUCCAGGUCAACCAGUCUUGAUAAAUAUGUCAGUCGGAAACCACGCUCAAGGUCACGGUCUCCAGACAGGCGAGCCUCGCGCAGGUCGCGGUCACCACCACCCAGGAGGGCAAGAUCAAGGACCAGGUCACCGGUUGGCAGGAGAAGGUCAAGGUCCCACUCAAGAAGCAGAAGGUCAAAAUCUCCCUCUCGCAACCGUCGGAGGUCCUACUCGAGGGAGCGUGACAGAAGGUCAAGGUCUUACGACAGAACAAAUUCACUCAGGUAACAUAAAACAUUUGGUACCCUGCAGAAUAACUCAGUUUCUUAGUAAUAUAAGGGUAGGUAGGGCCUACUCGAGGGAGCGUGACAGGAGAUCCAGGUCUUACGACAGAACAAAUUCACUCAGCCGGUCCUCUACAGAGGCGAGACGAGACACCAGCCACUCCAGGGGUAGUCCUAAUGUCAAUGUUAAAGGGCUUUCCAUUACAGAUGUGUCCCCAGGGUUUAGCAAUAUGACACCAUCUGAACAAGCAGAGGAAAGGAUGAGGCUGGCUCUCAAGGCAGCUGCUGCCGCAGAUGAAAAGUUGAGGGUCAGAGAAAUCCCCUCAGCUGUUUCAGUGGCAGCCUCCCUAGCUGAGUCUCAGGCAUUUGCUAGCUCUGUCGCUGCUAUUGAGUCCAACAGUUUUGUCCAGUCCGUGUUCAAAACAUCACGUGCAAAAACUAAGAUGGAUGAAGUGACAGACACGCAGGCUAGCCAUGACGAUGCUAUUUUUGGAUCGCUGUCAGUGUCAGGGUUCACCAUCAAACCUGACCCUGACAUGAAGCCUCUACAGCUGGACUCAGAGUCAAUCAUGCACCCCAGUCUGUAUUGUGACCCUGAAGAAAAAAUGAACAAGUGGAUCCACAGGUUGACACAACUCCGACAGAGAAAACUGGAAGGGGAAGUAAUGCAGUGAAAUUAUUUUAAGUUUUGUAAUUGUAAAUUGUUUGAGAGUCAAGUUGAAAUAAAAACACACAGGAAAAA